AUUGGGCCAUCUGACCGGAAGAAAGUGGAGAGCUCAACCACUGCAACCAAAACAAAUAUGGCUGCCACAAUACCGGAGGUAAACACAUCGAAGCGUUUCUGUGUUCUCUCCGUUUGUCUUGCGUUAGCAGCUCAACUCCACACACGACACAUGUUUUAGACGGACCAGUCAACAAAUCCUUUUGGACCCUGUUUUCAAACGGAGAGCCAGAACGAAACCCGGAAAACAAGCGGAAGUGUCUGCCUCUCGUUUGAAACUAAACAUCCGCCGCGAUAACGUGUGUGUUUACUACGUUAGCUCGUCCCUUGAGCCGAACAAAUUCGGGGGAAAUAUGAGAAAGAACCUUCUCGUCCAUUCCGCGGACCGACUGGCUUCGUGCUGUCCCGCCUGAUUUAAACGGACGACACGAUGUAGCUAACGUUAGCUAACGCUAACGUCUGAGUAUCUCGCCCCGAGCAAGUUAACACGACAUGGACUUCACCGUGGAAAAGAGCGUAGAGCGUUGAGAGACAAACACACACACACACACGCUACCAUGGGUUUGGUGAGCUUCGUAUUCGCCACUGUGGGGAAAUGCCUGGACGCCGCCUGCUUACUGCUGGACCUGAAUUUUGUCAUCGUCCACAGCGUGGUGCGGGCCAUCCUUGCGGUUGUCACCUUUAUAAACAGCCUUCCCACCCUGCUCCUCCACUCCGUCAUGGAGUUGGGAAACCUGGCCGUGUUUUGCCUGAUGUCCGUGGCUGAGGCCACGUCCAACGUCGCCCACGGUACCGUCACCAUGCUGGGGAGCCUGGUGCUGGCUCUGGAGGGCCUCCUCGAGAGCCUGAAGAUGGUGGGUUACCUGUCCAUGCAUGUCCUGCUUCGCGGGAAGGAGCACCUGUGCCGCGGUCUGCUCUCUGUGCUGGAGGGCUGUGGCAUCGCCGUCAGCCUGGCGGUCUACUUCACCAACACUGUGGUCAACUUCGCCCUCAUUGCCACCCAGAACGUGUACAGCGUGGUGCUCAGCGUGUUGCAGACGGUGUCCAGCCCCCUGCAGACCGUGCUGGAGCUGACGCUCACCUCCAUCACCUUUCUGUACAGCAGCCUGGUCGGGACUUCUGCUUUCCUGUGGUCACCAUGUAAACUGAUGCUGGACUUUUUGGUCUCGCUGAUUCACAUGUUUGUCAGCAUCUUCAUAUUGAACAUCUAUGGUCUCCUGCUCAGUGUCACCAUCGCCCUAACCACCACCGCCUACCUGAAUCCGGAGUUGACCCGGCAGACUGCAGUGCGAAUCGGAGAUUACAUAAACCUUUUUCCUGCCUUGCACAGACUCAGUCUGGUUUACCACCGACUCGCCUCGGCCUUGCAGGACGCCCCGCUUUUUUUACGUGGUGCCAUUCGGCGCCUGCAGAGAAUAUUCUUCCACCUCUGCCUGCUGGAAAGAGGACUUUGGCAGAAGCUGUCUCGACUUAGCAGCCAGCUAGGCUUAGCUCUGAGGACGGUGCUCAGCAGGGACAACAACGGCCGGGCACGUGGCGACGGCGACCCCCGAGAGGAGAGGCGGGACCCACCAGAUGGAAGAGCAGCGGAUGGAGCCCACCAGGAGAUGCUUGACUUAGUCUUACCGUCGUCCAGCAUAGACAGACCGCUAAAUAAGCAGUCGUCCUCGCGCAAAGACGGCAAACCUCUGCCUGCUAAGAAUCUGCUGACUCUACUGAAGGAGCAGGAGGACAGGAAGAAGUGUGUGAUCUGUCAGGACUGUUCCAAGACGGUGGUGCUGCUGCCUUGCAGGCACCUCUGCUUGUGUAGAGACUGUACGAACAUCCUGUUGAGGCAGCCCAUAUAUCAACAGAACUGCCCGCUGUGUCGGCACAUGAUCCUCAACACUAUGGACGUGUAUCUAUGAAGGACCACGGCAAGGAGAUCUGUGGACGGCUGACCACGAGGAUCAGCCCAUCUGUGUCUGUGCUUAAAGUUUUACCGACACUUGACGUUAUGGAGAAUGAGCUUUGCUUCCACUAGUUUGCGUUAGAGGAUACGUUCGGUAAUCUGUGUGGUUUUUCUUGCUGUCAAUAAAUCCCACGAUAAGUCCAAGAGGAUCAACACGUCAGUCCGUCCGGUAAUACUAUCCCGCUUUUCUACUGGCACUCGGCCCCAAACAUAGUACCUUUGAGUUAAAGAUGUAACAUUUUAAAUGUUUCUCAAAAAGUGUCUCUCCAACAGUGCAAACUGUGCGAAAUGGGGUUUUAUUUGGCUUCACUCACAAUAUCUGCUCAAUCUAUUGUAGUUGAUGGAUUUAUUGGACUGAAAUAGAAAACUGGAAAAAACAAAAAACAAAAAACGCACACUGUGCCCAAUUUCUUAUGACAAUCAACAACUUAACUAUUGUAAUAUAUUAAUAGUAUACUGUUUUACAGUCUGUCGUUUAUAUAAUCAACAUGUAUAACUGUUUCAACUAAGGAAAUAGGAAAUAAUGUGAAUAC